UAUUCAAGACAUCGGCGCAGGCUCGCCUUACGAUAAUAAUAUCACAACGAACAUGGAUAUGAACAUGGAUGAGACCAUGUUCCCUACAACCGAAUACAUCGAUGGGCAACAGCAGUCUAUCACACAGCAGAAUGAUGCCUGGGUGUACAAUCACAUAUGCUCAGGUACCGCUCUAUUCAUUCGCAAGACUUGAUGUUAGUUGCUAAUGAUAGCUGUAGACUAUUCAGCUCAGCAACCGAGCUUCUGGCCAGUAUCUACCCCUGUAUACCAGCAACCAUUGCAGCAACCACGCUUGUCGACUUCAACCCAAUCGUCAUUCGCUUCAUAUCCUCGAUCCUCCAAUGCCAGUGCUUCCUCACAAUGGCAGUCACGCACGUCGAUGGCCUCAACGAAUUCGUCUUGGUCAAACGUAUCCGAACAACCCUACAGUCAACGCACAUCCAGCCUUGGUACCACGACAUACUUUAAUCCUUUAAUACCUUCAUCUUAUGUCGCUAGCCCCGUCGAGGAGCCUGUAUCGCCGGUAUCGCCCGCACCGUCGAUGGCAAAGAGAAAAAUAUCGCAGCGGCAUGUAGCUCCGGAGAAAGACCCUUUCGCAACAUGCAUCUCACGGACACGUCGAAGUCGACGAUCGCAAAGAGAGCCGAGGUAUUGGUGCACCUCUUGUGAAGAGCCCUUCAUUGAGAAAUACGACUGGAAGCGUCACGAGGAAACCUAUCAAGAACGCCAAUCUGUCUUUCGUUGUAACCUAUGUAGCGCCGUCUACUUCCUCGAGAAAGACUUUCUCUAUCACCACGACACACGUCACAAUUGUGAGACUUGUCAAAGGGAGGGACACUCUGAGGCUGCCAAACAGAAGCGUCAGUCGCGGUCUGGCUGGGGAUGUGGCUUCUGCACACAUUUCAGUAGCGAUUGGAGAGAGCGCUGCAACCACGUUGCGCAACAUUUCGAGAGGGAUAAUAAGACUAUGAAAAACUGGCGUCAGAGCAAUGUCAUUCAUUCUCUUCUCCAGCGACCAGCGAUCCGCAUGGAAUGGGGCAGGAUCUUGCAAUCUCAGCCUCAGCUCGGAGAUUUUGGUUGGAACCCUCAUGAUACCGGACGCGUGGAAGGCUAUCCGGAGAAUAACGCAAAGCCCCACCUGCAAGAUCGUCUUGAAUACUUCAGAUCUGGCGAUGACGCAGCUGCGCUGGCGCAGCUUGCUUUUCAGCAGAUCGCCUUUCCAUCGUGUCCACCUCGGGCGCCGCGCAAAGACUACAAGGAUCAUCACACCGCGACCCUACAGGGUUUGAUGGACAACACAGAAUCUUGGAACCAAUUCAUGAGCACAAUUGUAGAGGACGAUCUCUUACCCACGAACGUCUGCGACCUCAACAUUAGUAUAAUAGACGAUGCGUUCGGCCAAGGUACAGAGAUUUACUACUAGAUCGCUGAGAACACGACUGUCGUGACCGACGCCAUCUCUGAGCUUCGGGCAAGCUUAUGCUGUGCAAUCAGCUUGCACAAACCAUAAUUUAUAAUAUCAGUGUCUGGAACACUUCUGAAGUAUUCUGCUGGUUGAUGGACGCUGUAAUGAUUGCAGAGAUUCUCCUUGAUGAAUUAAAGUUAUGAAGUAGACGCAGCGCUUUUCGCACUCAUCGAAGCAAGGCGCAGCUCAUCAAUAGAACAACCCAAGAAUAAUACGUCUGGUAGAAUCGCAAGUACCCCCAUUCUGGACAUCAUAUAGAAUUACU